UCAUUUAUUAAAAAAAAAUCUGAACAUAAAUUAUGAUUAACCAACAUAGUUAUAAAAUUUAUGAUGAUCUAAAAUCACAGUUGUUCACUGCUAAUCCCAACAGACACUAUGCCUAUAGGCUGAUGAUUAAGAUUCUAAACAAUUUGUUAAUGAAACCAUUAAUCACUAAGUUUUUUUAUUAAAAAUAUUGAUUACUGUGUUGCUUUUUUCUUCAUUAUAAUUUUACAAUUGAAGAAAUGACAAAGCAGUGUUUGAAUCUAUUUGCAGUGAUAGUUCAUGUUGUGAUACUGAACAUAUGAAUGAGUUACUCAUAUACGAGCAACAAAUUUGGUUAUUGUUCAGAGUCGUCGUGUAACUUUGAUGGAUGUAAUAACGGAUUAUACAAAAAAGAUUAAGAAUUGAUUGUUAGUGGAGUGGUUGAUGACAGUUUUUUGGCAGCAAUUGGUAGUGGAGGGGUUGAUGGCUUCUCAAAAUAUAGACAUUGGAAAUUUCGAAUUCGCAACAUUUUUUUGUUUUGGCCAAUCCCAUUGUUUCCCCAUAGAUUUAUCCGACAGCCACAACACAAAAAAACAACUGUUUUUCAUCCACACAUCCAAGGUUUCUUUUUUAGAUUCGUCAUGGGCUGGUGAAGCCGCCCCAGAUCAACCAGUGCAGCAGAUGAAACAAGAAUUGCUCUAGGCUGUUUGCCAUCCUAACUCUUAGCACUUCAGCGUAAGAAGUAAUGGAUUUGAUUCAUGAGUUGCUGAAUAUAACACUUGUUCCAUCAACUUUCUUCGCCUUGCUUUUGCUUGUCCCUCCCUUUUAUGUGUUCAAGUUCUUAUCUUCACUCUUCAAAAGCUGCAAAAUCCUUGAAUCAAUCGCCGGCAAAGUUGUUCUCAUCACCGGAGCCUCUUCAGGAAUUGGCGAGGAAUUGGCUUACGAGUACGCGAGAAGAGGAGCUCGUUUAGCCCUUGUAGCCAGAAGAGAAGAUCGUCUUCGUUCGGUCCUCGAUAAAGCGCUUCAACUUGGUUCGCCAGAUGCUAUUAUCAUUCCUGCCGAUGUUUCCAAUAUCCAAGACUCUCAGCGUUUUGUUGACAAGACCAUCGACCAUUUUGGCCAAUUGGAUCAUUUGGUGAACAAUGCUGGGAUCAAUCAAACCAAAUUGUUUGAAGAAUUCUCUGAGAUGUUGUCUGAUUUAGCUCCUAUCAUGGACGUAAACUUCUGGGGUUCAGUGUAUGCCACACAUUUUGCAGUUCCACACUUGAGAAAAAGUAAAGGAAAAAUUGUUGUGAUUUCUUCAACAGCAGCAUGGCACCCCACUCCAAGGAUGAGCUUCUACAAUGCAAGUAAAGCAGCAAUGUUAAGCUUCUUUGAGACAUUGAGAGCUGAAUUUGGUGCGGACAUAGGGAUAACUAUAGUGACUCCUGGGCUGAUUAAGUCAGAAAUGGUGGAUGACCAAUAUCUAUCACAGGUUCACCUGAAGACUAUGCCAGUUGAAUCCACAGAAAGGUGUGCAAAGGCCAUAGUGAACAGCACUUGCAGGGGUGACAUGAAUCUGAUUGAGCCAUCUUGGAUGAGAACUGGGGUGUGGUUGAAGUGGUUUCUUCCUGCUGCAGUGGAGUGGUGUUUCCACUUUCAGUUUGUGAAGAUCCCAUCUAAAGCUGCAAAGAAGAAUCACUGAAUGAUUAACUAGCACAAGCAUCAAUGGGAGAUAUGCUAGACAGAUCAGCCGUUUAAUGUUUGUAACUUCAGAACUUAAAUUUGAGUUUUAAUUUUUUGCUUUUGAAUCAAACCUAUAUACACCUGAACAUUUCAUCACGGGAAAAAAAUGAACAAGCAUAAUGCAUAUCAGGUGGUAUUUUGAAAGAAUCAGUAUUAUACAAUGUUGUGCGAUAAAAAAAAUACGUAUAUCAUGUUUUUAUUGAAAAGGUAUGACAAUAUGAAUCUAUAAACUAGAACUGAGAUCACUUCUAUUUGAA